AUGGAUAAAAAGUUAUUUUCUAUCACUUUAGACAAUGCUUCUGCUAAUGAUAGUAUGCAAGAUAUUUUGAAAGCUCAUUUUCGUUUACAAAAUAGUUUAUUGUGUGAUGAUGAAUAUUUUCAUGUUCUUUGUUCUGCUCAUAUUCUUAACUUGAUUGUCCAAGAGGGUUUGAAAGUAGUCGGUGAAGCACUUUAUAAAAUUAGAGAGAGUGUUAAGUAUGCGAAAGGAUCAGAUGGAAGGAUGAUUAAAUUUAAAGAUUGUGUGCAAGAAGUUGGUAUUAAUAAGAGUAUUGGUUUACGAUUGGAUGUCCCAACUAGGUGGAAUUCAACAUAUUUGAUGCUUGAAAGUGGAAUUAAAUAUGCAAAAGCAUUUGAUAUUCUUAGAGUGACCGAUACAAAUUAUAAAUAUUGUCCAUCAGAAGAAGAAUGGAAAAGGGGAGAGAAGAUGUAUGAAUUUCUAGAACCAUUUUAUGAGAUAACUAACAUGAUAUCAAGAUCUUCUUACCCAACCUCAAAUUUAUAUUUUUUGCAAGUGUGGAAGAUUGAGUGCAUGUUAGAUGAAAACUUGGUUAAUGAUGAUGAGGUGAUAAAGGAAAUGUCUGUGAAGAUGAAAACAAUAUUGACAAAUAUUGGAAAGAAUAAAGUUAAGAGUGUGAAAGAAAAGUUUGACAAACUAUAUGAAGAGUAUAUGAGUGAUCAUUUCAAUACACCAAAUGCUUCUCAAUCUCAACCAUUUGCUGAAUUUAGUACAUUGGAUAAGGCAAGUGAAGAAGGAAGUAGGCACAAGAGAUCAAAAGUAUUCAAGGAGUUUAAAAGGUUUCAAAGUGAAACCAAAUCUAACAUAGGGAAGAGUGAAUUAGAUCUUUAUUUGGAAGAUAAAUCACUUGAUUAUGAUGAUAAUGAGGAUUUAGAUGUGUUGAAUUAUUGGAAGUAUAAUGAGAAAAGGUUUUUGACACUUAAGCAAAGAGCUUGGACAAUGCAAUUGUUGGCUAUAGCAUGCUUAUCACUGGCAGCUAAAAUAGAAGAGACUGAAGUUCCUUUGUGCCUUGAUUUGUAG